CCAGCCAGUGGUGUGCGAGGUCAGAGGUGAACGACGGCGUGGACCGGAGCUGGCCUUUGGACUGACCCGGGCCGGAUGGAGGCUGCUCGCCUCUAAAGGCUGGCAAGCGCGAGUUCUUCCUCCUGCCCGCCAGGGUUGCUGCGAUGACGGCCAACGAGGAGCAGACGAUGGAGCUUGAAGCUCUUCGUUCCAUUUAUGAAGGAGAUGAAUGUUUUAAGGAACUUAGUCCAGCAUCUUUUCAAUAUAGGGUAGGUAACCUUGGUGACCCUAAAGCCUUCCUACUAGAAAUUUCAUGGCCUGACACGUAUCCAGAACUGCCCCCAAACAUAUCAUUGAACGCAUUCUUCAAUAAUGGCAUUUCUUCUUCAGUAAAGCAGAAUAUAAUAGCCAAGCUACAAGAACAGGUUGAAGCAAACUUAGGGUCAGCCAUGGUGUACACACUGUUUGAAUGGGCUAAAGAGAACCAAGAGGAGCUUAUGGAAAACCAUCAGCCAGUAGUUGGUGCAGUGACGAUAUCAGUGACUCAAAAUACUGUAACUUCUCAUACUUCUGUGGCGAAGAAAAAGAAAAAAGAACAGUUAUCAAAAUCUCAAAAGAAGAAGUUGGCUGACAAGACAGAUAACCAAGGGGAAUUGCCUCGUGGAUGGAAUUGGGUAGAUGUCAUUAAGCAUGUAAGUAUUCUUGUUACUGUUUUAACUUCUUCCCCUUGGAGACAUUUGUGCAAAGCAGACUUCACUAAUUGAGCUGAUUGUUUGUUUGUGCAAGAUAACUGAAUUUCCU